AUGGUUGAGCAGCUGGUUGCGCGACGAGAGCACGGCAGGACGAUCCAGUUGUCAAGCAUCACUACGCAGAGGUCUAGUGCCCUCUAUUUUAAGAAGUCCGUUGAGUCUUCUGUAGUGCAUCUCAUUAUCGACAUCCUCGCAGCCAUCAGCGUUGAGGAUAUCACCAAUGACUCGGCGCUGCGCAUUUGA